AUGUUUAUAAUAAUUAGACUGUAAUAAUUGUUGUAUCAAAUAUGUUUAUAAAUGAUCCAUGCGGUAUAUUUUGUAUACUUUUCACUUACUUCUCCAUAAUAUAUGCGGACUAUGUAGUAGUGAGAUGGAUAAUCCUUCACACUAUGGCUGAAAGCAUCUGGGGUGCUUUCAACGCAGUUUUAUUCAAUAUAGUUAUUUUACUCUUAAGUAUAUCACAUUUCAAAGCUGUGGUGUGUGAUCCUGGCAGUAUACAGCUGCCACAGAGUAGGAUAGACUUCUCAGACAUCAACUUGGACUCAGGAGGUGAUAAUGCUGAUUGGACUAUAUGUACAAGAUGUGAGACUUAUCGUCCACCAAGAGCACAUCAUUGCAGAAUAUGUGAGAAGUGCAUAAGGAGGAUGGACCAUCAUUGUCCAUGGAUUAAUAACUGUGUGGGCGAAAGGAAUCAGAAAUAUUUUAUACAAUUUUUAAUAUAUGUUGGUAUUUUAGCAGGGCAUUCAAUUAUAUUGAUAAUAUUCGCAUUGGUCAAUUCUUGCGUUGACUGCGGCCUCGACGUUGUGGUGCAGCAGAGGAUAGUAACGCAUUGUGUUAUUUUGCUGUUGGAGAGCACGCUUUUCGGUAUAUUCUCGUCGGCGAUUUUGUUCGUCCAGAUUCAAUCCAUCAUCUCAGAUGAAACCUCCGUCGAGCAGGUCAAGAAGCAGGGUCCUUAUCGACCUCACAAACCGAAAAUGGCCUUACUAACAGAAGUCUGCGGUCGGCAACAUCCAAUAAUGUGGUUGUUACCAUGCAGUUCAACGCCUAAGAAAUUUGAUACUCCUCUCAUUAACUAUCAUAUCUAAUAACAAAUUUAACUAUUUUUAUACGAAAUAGCUGGAGUUUUUUUACGUAAGUAUUAUUUGUUUAUGUUGAUUAUUAUUUAUUGAAAACUACGGAGAUUAAGAUAAAGCAACGCAUAUUAUUUAUA